AUGGAGAAUGCAGCCACCACACCCCCAUCUCCGCAAUCCCCGCAUGCCUCCGCUGACCCAGGCGCAAUAAUGACGGACGUGCCGACGUCACCAGAAAAACAACCGGAUGCGCCGCAUGUCGUCGUCCAAUUUAUCCAAUGCCGCCGCUGCUCAUGUCCCCUGAAGAAUCCACUCCGUCUACCGUGCGGCAACACGGUGUGCCGCGCGUGUCUGCCCCCGACACGCCCGCGGACGGGGAUCACAUACCCCAUCGCGGCGGGUAGGGAGGAAGGAUUUCUUUGUCAUUGGGAUGGAAGGGAUGGAUGUGCUGGGGAGCACUGUGUUGGUGAUUGCGGCGCGGAUGUGUUGCUGGGCAAGCUCGUUGCACUGUAUGAAGAGAGUCUGUCGGGUGCGGGCACCCGGCUGGAUAAUGAAAACGAACAGUGCAGCCUGGUAGUCAGAUGGAAGACCGAGGCUCAGGAGCAGCAUUCGGCGCAGAUUGAUCGCGCUGGGUGGUUGGAGGGUAUAUAUGGAUUGGCGUCCCAGGGCCGGCUUCCCUGGGGUGCGCGCGACGUGGUCUAUGAAGGCGAUCUCACAGACGAGCGCGAUCACCUCAUCCGCCAAUCACUGAAAGAAAAUCUGCGCGCUGAGCUCGACUGUCAAGUCUGCUACGCGCUCAUCCUCGACCCCAUCACAACUCCAUGCGGACACACUUUCUGCCGCAAAUGUGUCGCCCGAGUCCUCGACCACACAGAUCUAUGUCCAAUCUGCCGCCGCAAGCUGGGCCUACCACCAACCGUGCUGUCAGAACCACUGAACAAAACCAUAGCAGGGAUAAUCGACCAUUUCUUCCCCGACCAAGUCUCGGCACGGCGCGAAGCACUCGCGCAGGAUGAGACGGGGUUAGACAUCGAGAAGAACCUGGCGCUAUUCGUGUGCACGUUAUCGUUCCCGACGAUGCCGACGUUCCUGCAUAUCUUCGAACCGCGAUAUCGACUCAUGAUCCGACGUGUCGUCGAGAGCGGCGACGGUAAGUUCGGGAUGGUCAUGUAUAACCGACAGGCGCGGGCACAGCCAGGCGCGGAGGAGUUUAUGUGCUACGGCACGCUUUUGUCGAUUGAGCGGUAUGAACUGCUUCCUGACGGACGCAGCCUGGUGAUUGCCAACGGUGUGUCGCGGUUUAAGGUGUUGGAGGCCGGGAUGCUGGACGGGUAUCAUGUUGGACGAGUCGAGCGUGUUGACGACGUCUCGCUAGCAGAAGAGGAACGGCUUGAGUUGGCGGAGACUUCCAUGCCGGUCAACCCAGUGCCAGAGUCAGAGCCAGAGGGUCAAGCGGCCGAUCUCCUCCCGCCGGUGGACUCGAUGUCGACCCAGCAGCUGCUGGAUGCGGCGCGCGAGUUCAUCACCCGCCAGCGCCGAGGUGCCGCUCCGUGGCUCCAUCCACGCAUCAUGUUGGCCUACGGACCUGUGCCGGACGACGCAGCGCGGUUUCCUUGGUGGUUGGCUUGCGUGCUGCCCCUCUCAGAGGAAGAGAAGUACCCGAUUCUGGCGGCGACGAGCGUCCGUGAGAGACUCAAGAUCGCAGCGCGCUGGGGGCGGGAGAUUGAGGCUCGAGAUUUGUAUGUUCCCGAGUUUUGGUUCUCGAUCCACAAAACACCACUAACAUGGAUGAUGGCAACAGGUCCACCCGCUCAUCGCUGCUCUCUGUCUUAUGACUAG